CGCGCCGAGGAGCAGAGGCGCCACCAUGACAUGAUGCCCUACAUCGAUGACUCGCCGUCGUCCUCGCCCCAUCUCAGCUCCAAGAGCCGGGGCAGCCGCGACACCCUCUCCUCAGGGUCUCUGGAGUCCACGAAAUCAAGUGAACCAGACUUGGAGAAAGGCUUGGAGAUGAGAAAAUGGGUCCUGUCGGGAAUCCUGGCUAGUGAGGAGACCUACCUGAGCCACCUGGAAGCUCUGCUGCUGCCUAUGAAGCCUUUGAAAGCAGCUGCCACCACUUCCCAGCCUGUGCUGACUAGCCAGCAGAUCGAGACCAUAUUCUUCAAAGUGCCUGAGCUCUACGAGAUCCACAAAGAGUUCUACGAUGGGCUCUUUCCACGAGUGCAGCAGUGGAGCCAUCAGCAGCGUGUCGGGGACCUCUUCCAAAAGCUGGCCAGCCAGCUGGGAGUGUACCGGGCCUUCGUGGAUAACUACGAGGUGGCCAUGGAGACGGCCGAGAAGUGCUGCCAGGCCAACGCGCAGUUUGCCGAGAUCUCGGAGAAUCUAAAGGCUAGAAGCACAAAGGAGUCUAAAGAUCAGACGACGAAAAAUUCCUUGGAAACUCUGUUAUACAAGCCAGUGGACCGGGUGACGCGCAGCACGCUCGUCCUGCACGAUUUGCUGAAGCACACUCCAGUGACCCACCCUGACCAUCCCCUCCUGCAGGACGCGCUGCGGAUCUCGCAGAACUUCCUCUCCAGCAUCAACGAGGAGAUCACUCCCCGCCGGCAGUCCAUGACCGUGAAGAAGGGGGAGCACCGGCAGCUCCUGAAGGACAGCUUCAUGGUGGAGCUGGUUGAGGGGGCUCGCAAACUGCGACACGUCUUCCUCUUCACUGAUCUCUUCCUCUGUGCCAAGCUCAAGAAGCAGAUUGGAGGGAAAAGCCAGCAGUACGACUGCAAAUGGUACAUCCCGCUCACGGACCUGAGCUUCCAGAUGGUGGAUGAGUCUGAGGCAGUGCCCAAUAUCCCACUGGUACCUGAUGAGGAGCUGGAUGCCAUGAAGAUCAAGAUAUCCCAGAUCAAGAAUGACAUCCAACGAGAAAAGAGGGCCAAUAAGGGCAGCAAGGUCAUUGAGAGGUUGAAGAAGAAGCUGUCGGAGCAGGAGUCCCUCCUGCUGCUGAUGUCUCCCAACAUGGCUUUCCGGGUACACAAUCGCAAUGGCAAGAGUUAUACAUUCCUCAUUUCGUCGGACUAUGAAAGGGCAGAGUGGAGAGAGAACAUCCGGGAACAGCAGAAGAAAUGUUUUAAAAGCUUCUCGCUCACGUCAGUGGAGCUCCAGAUGCUGACAAACUCCUGCGUGAAGCUGCAGACAGUGCACAACAUUCCCCUCACUAUCAAUAAGGAAGAUGAUGAGUCGCCAGGUCUCUACGGAUUCCUCAAUGUCAUUGUCCAUUCUGCCACGGGAUUCAAGCAGAGCUCGAACUUGUACUGCACAUUAGAGGUGGAUUCUUUUGGGUAUUUCGUAAACAAGGCUAAAACUAGAGUCUACAGGGACACCACGGAGCCCAACUGGAAUGAGGAGUUUGAGAUUGAGCUGGAAGGCUCCCAAACUCUGCGGAUUCUCUGCUAUGAAAAGUGCUACAACAAAACCAAGCUCACCAAAGAGGAUGGAGAGAGCACGGACCGCAUAAUGGGGAAAGGGCAGAUCCAGCUGGACCCACAGGCAUUACAGGACAAAGACUGGCAGCGCACAGUCAUCUCAAUGAACGGGGUUGAAGUGAAGCUGUCGGUGAAGUUUACCAGCCGGGAAUUCAGCCUGAAAAGGAUGCCGUCCCGCAAGCAGACAGGGGUCUUUGGGGUCAAGAUUGCUAUCGUCACCAAGAGGGAGAGAUCCAAGGUGCCCUACAUCGUGCGCCAGUGCGUGGAGGAGAUAGAGCGGCGAGGAAUGGAGGAGGUGGGCAUCUACCGCGUCUCCGGGGUCGCCACCGACAUCCAGGCUUUGAAAGCCGCCUUUGAUGUCAAUAACAAAGACGUGUCAGUGAUGAUGAGUGAAAUGGAUGUUAAUGCCAUUGCAGGCACAUUAAAACUUUACUUCCGAGAACUGCCUGAACCCCUCUUCACAGAUGAAUUGUAUCCCAACUUUGCUGAGGGAAUUGCACUUUCAGACCCUGUUGCAAAGGAAAGCUGUAUGUUGAAUCUAUUGUUAUCGCUUCCAGAACCCAACCUUGUUACAUUCCUUUUCCUUCUGGACCAUCUAAAAAGGGUUGCUGAGAGGGAAAGCAUUAACAAGAUGUCCCUGCAUAACCUUGCAACUGUCUUUGGACCAACGCUGCUGAGACCUUCCGAGAAGGACAGUAAAAUCCCUGCCAACCCUACCCAGCCUAUAACGAUGACUGAUAGUUGGUCACUAGAAGUCAUGUCCCAGGUUCAAGUCCUUCUGUACUUCUUGCAGCUAGAGACUAUCCCUACCCCAGACAGCAAGAGGCAAAGCAUCCUCUUUUCCACAGAGGUAUAGGUACCUGUGGCACCGACAGGACU